AUGUUGAAAUUCGCCGUCGGCCCCUGGGUCGCCGACAAGUACGGCACUACUGCCAAUGUUAAUUCGGCUAGGAAUCCGGCUAGUCUGCCCCCGACCUCCAGGAAGCAUCGGUAUUUUUUGAACUUUUGAAUUUUGGACUACUGAGUUUUGGAUCAUUUUCCUACAGUUUUUUUGCCAAAGGUUUUUCUUCCCAAAUACGAUUGAUUUUUGAGAUUUCGAGGUCAAUUUUCCAAAAGAAUCGGGAGAUAUUUCGAUUUUUCGAACGCAUGGAUCCAUAAAAUGAGCCUUAUGAGCUUUUUUUUCCGGCUCCUGACCUCGAAAAAAAAUCGAUAUGAUUAUUUUUUUUUAAUGUAAUUUUUGACUACAGAGUUUUGGACCAUUUUUCCAAAGUUUUUCCAAAGAUUUUGAAGUCAAUUUUCCGAAGGAAUCGGUAGAUGUUUCGAUUUUUUUGAACGAAUGAGGAUUUAAUUUUAAAAAUGAGUUUUAUGAAUAUCUUCUUUUCAAUUCGACCUGUCAGCCCCUAACCUUGAAAAAAAUCGGUAUGAUAUUUUUCGAAUAUGUAAAUUUUUUUCUAUAUAGUUUGGGACCAUUUUUUUCCACAGUUUUUCCAAAAAUUUUCAUUACGGUUGGAUUCUGAAGUUUUUUUAGGAUCCCUGUAGGGUUCUUUUCUUUUACGUUAAACUUUGAGGAUCAAAAAAUUGAUAAAAAAAUUUAUCGAUUAGUAUUAAAAAAAUUUUCCCAGGAACCCUGGCCUCAUUUUCCGACUUCUUUCAUCUCAGAAAAAUGAACUUAUUAUAUUUCAAAGCUGACCUUUGUGUUUUGCUGAGACUUUUGGCUUCUUUCCCACAUUUCUGAACCGAUUUGAACUUUUUUGCUUUUAUAAGGCUUCAAAUUGACCUACGCUUGAAAUUUUUGGCUUCUUAGUUUUUAAAUCGCUUUUUUAGCGCAUUUUUUGGUCUGAGAGGCCUUUUCUGGCUGUGAACCGAAAUUUCAAGAUUUUUCCGCUUGUCGCAGAAAUAAUUUAUUAAAAAAAUAAGGCAGUUUUGAACUCUUGGAUCGUGCAAAAAGUGAUUUUUUAUCUAUCGGGAACCGAUCCAACGACCCCUGGAGCGUCAUCCAAGGAUCUUAGCCACUUGACUAGGCUUGUCAGAGGGAGUUGAACAUGUUUUCUGUGACUAAUUUAUCCGAUUUCAAGCUCUUUUUCCGCUUUUCGUAGUUUCAAGUAAACAAAAUAUUCAUUUCAAAUAUUAUUAAUGGUUUUUUUGGAUGGUUCUGAAACAGACGUUGCUUAAUUUUUAGUCGAAUUACCCAGACAUUUUUUGAAAAAUGUUCUUUUCUUCCUGUCUUCUCUUUUCUCCGAACCCUUACUCAUACGUUUUUCUUUUCUUGUAAGAACAAUGCCGGGCCCUCCCAAAAAUACCACGUAAUUCUUGUCUGAGAACGUCUGUACAGGUCUUUUUUGGCCCCGAAUUAGUUUUCGAUUUGGAACGACGCGUCUCUUUUCUCCCUUUCGUAUAGUUUUUUUCUUUCUGGGAAAAUUUGCAUUUUGAUGCGUUCUGUGUUGGGGUUGAACAGGAAAAACGGCGUUCCAGCGAUUUUUUGAGAAUUUUUUGGACUUUCAAUAGUUUUUUUUUGAAAAUGAACUGUGGAAAUUUUGAAAAUUUGCUUUUUUGAAAAAUUUUCGAUGUAGUUCACCUUCCAUUCUAGCAUUUUCAGAACCUUCAAGCUUCAGACUUUUGAUAGAAGUUGGCGCAAGUCGUUUUAGGUCGGGCGCAUUUUUUUUUUGAGCCAUUUCGCGUUUAGUCGUAGAUCUUGAAUGAAGGAGGGGCUUCAGAAGAUGAAAAAUAAGUCCGAUUAUGUUUAAAAAUGUUUUUGGGGGUUGUAGACUCUUUUGACCCCUAUAGGGACCACUCCGACUCUCUUAGAAAGCCAGAGUGGCCCCUUGAGGGGUUCGGAGGAAAAAGAGCCCCUCUAAGGGACAAAAAAGUGCUCCCUAUAGGGGUAAAGUUUAGGUAAUCUCUAUAGCGGUUCAAAGUCUCACCCGUAUGCCCCUAAAGCUAAAAUGGCCCCUAUGGGGAAUUUUUGAGUGGUCCCUAUAGGGCUCUUGCAUUCCUAAGUUCGAAAACAACCAGUUUUAUGAGUAAAACCGUUUUUUUCAGGUUUUUCUCACUUUUGAAUUAUUCACAAUGGAUUUUUUGACCAAAAAUGUGAUCAGUCAUCUCUAUUUCUUAUCAAACUCGACCAAGACCUUGAAAAUUUGAAAAAUAACCAUUUUAUGAGCAACACGGCCUGUUACUCACUGUACAAUUUGAUCAAAACCACAGAAAUAACGGUUUUUUUCCCUCCUAUAAACGGACUCCUGCGCUUUUCCCCCUGUGCAAAUAAGCAAAUAAUCGCCUUUUUUGCAGUCUUUGUGUUGGUUUGGGACUUGUAGGGAAACUUUUUUCUAGAAGUCUUCUUGAAUUCUUAUUCGAAUGAUCAAGUUUUUGAAAAAAGCUCUGAAAAGCUAGAACUCAGUUUGAAACAAGAACCUUACAAAAAUUUCAAAUCGAUCGAAAUAAAAUCGAAAAAAUCAUUUUGGCAAGUGUAUUCCACUGGAAAUACUGUGUCAUUUUCAUACAUAGAAAGAGCAUUUUUCAAGGCCGUCGACCCCUCCUCCCAAGUUUUUUCUAAACUAAAGUUGAUACUGCCUCCUGAGGCUAAAACUUGUAUUAUCUCGGCCAAAACGACCUCCGGGAGGCUGAAACUCGAUUUAAUUUUCAAAUUUUCCAAAGUUUUCGAGAGCCAACUCCUCCUCCCGGGCUGAGUUCUCUACUUGCUCAUCUACGGUCAUUUUUCAAAUUUUUAUCCUUUUUUUCAAUCUGUUUUUCUGUUUCAAGGAAGAGUUUUAUCAAGAAAAAAAGAAAACUUGUAUAGUUCUAGGUGAGGUUUUUUUAUGAAUAUUCAUUUCUUCCAAAAGUCUUUCUUAUAUUUUCGAUUAUUAUUCGGAAACUGAAAAUAUUUUUUUGUAAAUUUUUUCAUUUUGAUGUUUAAUGAACAUGAAAAAACAUAAUUUUUCAAAUUUUGAUUUUUUUCAAUAUUUGUUCCUAAAUUUUUUUUCAACUUUUCAGAGAAGAGGUUAUAAUGAUUUGAGCAAGCAUAUUUUCUGAGAUAGGCUCUUUUUUUUGCAAAUUGAGAUCAUGAACUGAUUUAGCUUUUUUUUGAGAGAAAAAAGAAAAAAAACGUAAAAGUUUCAUGCAUGUUCCUCUUUUUCAAGCUUUCAGCUUGAAUUUCAAACAGUAAUAUUGAGCGAAACCUUUUUUUUUGCAAAGAAAAAAAAAAGACUUUACACACCAAACCACGAACCACACGCACGCUGUAAAAUCAUGUGUUUUUUAGUCUUUUUCGGUGUUUUUUUUUUCGCCGGCUCUUUGCUCGUUUGUUUUCCACUCAAAUUUGAGCGGUUUCGAGGAAAAAAAAGGGGAAAAUUUGAGGUUUUGGGACGUGGAAUUAGUUCUGAUUAGAUAGUUUUCUUAUCAGAAAGUUUGAUUGGAAGAGAAAAUUUCCUGGUUUUUUGAGGGGGUUUUGAAGUUGGAAGAGGGAAAUUUGAUGAAAAAGUCUUGAUUUUUCUGAGUUUUUGUUAUAGUUUUCUAUAGAAAAAAAGUCUUGUUUUUUUCGUCAUUUUUUUCGAGAUAUUUUUGAUUCUUUAUAAGAUUUAUAGAAAUAUGAUAGUUUUUUUAUCGAUACACAGGUUCAUUCCAAGGAUUUUUUUAUAGUAUUGAAAAUUUUUCAGAAAGUCUUUAAAAAAAUCGUAAAUUUCACUUCUUAGCAGAGCAUUUUCCUUUUUUUAAACUUUAUUUUUUUGGUUGUUUUGAAAUAUUUUUUUACCUUGAAGAUUCAUUUUUUUCGGAGCGUCUGGAGGAAUUUUACAGUCUGAAAGAUGAAAAAUUUUUGAUUUCCCACAAAAAAAUCGUCGAAAAAAACAGCUUUUUUUCUAACUUUUUAGCCAUCCUAGGAGCUCCAGAAUGGUCCCUUUAGAGUAUAAAUUGAUCAUGUUUGUCUUUUUUUAGAUUUCAAACCUGAACAAGAAAUGAAAAUACCCCUAUAGGGGCUUUUUCGAACUCGCAAAAAGUGGUCCCUAUAGGGUACAUGCUUUACUAUGAAAAGAAUUUUCAUGUGAAAAAAUCAAUAAAUCAGCGUUUUUUAAAGGAAAUAAUGUCAAAAUAGGGUUAAUCGAUCGAAUUUUAUUUAAUACCUUCCAAAUUGAGUCAGAAAGUUAAAACACCCCUAUAGUGACCCCUUGAUUUUAAGACUUAGGAGGCCAAAAUUAAACCCUAUAGGGACCACUUGAGCUUCAGGGGCAUGGGAGUCAGACGUAAAAUCACUAUAGAGACCCUUUUACCCUAUAGGGACUACUUUCUGUCUUUUCUAGGGGGGCCAAAAAGUUAAAACACCCCUAUAGGGACCACUUGAGCUUCAGAGGCAUGGGAGUCAGACAUUAAAUCCCUAUAAGGACUAAUUUAUGUUUUUUUUUAGAGAUUUCUUUUUGUCUGACACCUACAGGGACCUCUCUGGCGUUCCUAGGACCCCUAGAGGGACCACCUUAAUUUUACCCCUAUAGGGGGCACUUUUCGUCUGACCCCUAAAGGGACCACUCUGGGCUCCAUAGGAUUCCUAUAAGGACAACCUAAACUUUAGCCCUACAGGGAAAGCUUUUCACAAGACCGCCAUAAAUAUUAAGUUUCAUUACCUUUUUUCUGUCCCCUUUAAGGGCCUUUUCCUGUCAAAACCCUAUAGGGACCACUCUGGCGCUUCUGAGAAAGGACCUCCACUAUAGCUUUUUUUUUCUUCUCCACGCUUUCCAGCCCCAUUUUAUUGUUUUACACACGACCGCCAUAAAUAUCAAGUUUCAUUGCCUUUUUUGCGGCAAAGAUGAAUGGAACGGAACGAAAAAAAAAAAGGAACUGUUCUUUUUUUUUCACUUUUCUGUCCACACACAAACAGCAGCGGGAAAAGAAUCCGUUUGUUUUCCGGUUCGCCAGAAAAAUUGUCUUUUUCCUCAGCUUCUCGGCCGCCCUCUCCAUAUCUCCGUUCAAUUAGGCCUGAUCCCGGCCAAUUUUUUGGCUGUCCCUCUGGAGGCUGGUUCCAUUAGGACUCCUUCUCGAUACGUUUUUCUGAUAAAUCGGAUUUUUCUCACUUCUUUUUGCUAUCCUUCAACUUGUCAAACUCGUUCAAUUCGUCUAUUUUUUCUACUAAUUAAUUACUGGGAAGUGGCCACUAUAGAGUUUUGACGUUUUAGUGGCCACUAUAGAGGUCUAAGUGCUACAACUAGACCACUUAAAGUUUUAGUGGCCACUUUAGGGGUCAAUGGAUCAACAUAACUGGUCCAACCUGUUUUAAAAUUGUCAGGGUUACUGCAAGGUAUACUGGGGAAAAACUACUGAAGGUGGUCACUAAAUAGAGAUUCUCUACAGUGGCCAUUAAAACGGAAAAUAGUGGCCACUAUAGAGGUGGGUUUAGUGGCCAUUUUAGUGUCCUCAUCAAGUAGUCCUUGAGCCUCUAUAGUGGCCACUAAAAAUUCUCCCAGUAGGAGGAAAACGUCUGGUAGCUUUUCAUGUACAUUACCGUUCUUUUUUUAAUUAAUAAUUUUUCCUGGUAUUUGUUAAAUUUAGGUCUUUAAGGAUUUAUAAGACUUUUUUGGUGGGUAAAGUCGUUUUUUAAGGUUCUCAGCUUCUCUGAUAGCUUUCUUUAGACUGAAAUUUCUUCUUUUUGCAAUUUCUACCAAUUUUUCCUAAUUUAUCCUUUUUCAAGGCUUUUUAUGAUUUUAUAAAAAUUUGAAGAGCUGAGGUUUCUUGUCAACUUGUUCAAAGGGAAUUUUUUCAAAGAUUUUUUUUGUGGUUUUGCUCAAAUUUCUCUUGAAAAACUGGUUUAUUUUGAGUAUAAUCCUGGUCUGAGUAGUUUAUUGAGGGUCGUGGUGUCGUUCAGUAGCUUUCCCUGUAGCCUGCUCGUCUUGAGAUGAAGUUUUUCAAAUUUUGAAGUUUCUAGGACUGAAAAGUCCUUUUAAAAAUAACUUUUGUUCGUUUCCGGACGAGAAUUUUCGAAGAAAAUGAAAUUUUCUUGAGGUUUAGAGGCUUUUCGUAGCUUUUCUGUGCUCAUUUUGGGUUUAUUCUCAGUUUUCCUAACCCUAAUAAUUUUAAAAAGGAGGUCAUUCAAUUAUUUUCGUACUAAUGGUGGUUUUUUGUUGGUUUCGGCUUAAAAAACGAGUUUUGGACCAGUUUUUCGUCUGAAAAGUAGUUUUGUUUUUUGACGAUGAAGUUACUGUUUCAAAAUUUUCAAGUAAGGUUUUACGGAUUGGCCAUUACUAAUUCUUUUUAUAAAGCGCACAUUUUUCAAAAAAAUUGCAAAAAGUUGAAAAAAAUGAUCAAAAAAAUAUUGAAAAAAAUUGAAUCUAAAAAAAGAUCUUCAGUUAAAAAAAUUUUAUGCUUUUUUUAGUGGAGACUUCGAAAAAUUGUAUCAUGAAAAAAAGCGAAAAUUUUUCUAUUUUUUUCGGGUUCCGGGUUACUGUGAACAGUCAAGCCGUAAACACCGAGUGGUCCGCAAACGUCCAAUUUUACGACUAAAUUAAUUUUUUUCUGUUGGUUUUUGGCCUGUUUUUCGUAAUUUUAUUAUUAUAUUUCGUUUUGAAUUUUUUUAUGAGAAGCAUAGGAGAGUCUCUUGAUUCUCUCAAGACGCCUUUUUCAAAAGUUUUUUGCCGUUUGGACUUUUUUGUUUUAGUUUAAUAAAAAAAGCAUUUGAGCAAAUUGAAGUAUUAUUUCAUUUAAUUUCCACGGUUUUUUUCAUAACUAUGCUCCAAAAUUCCAUGAAACCAAGCUGAUUUCGAGCCUGUCUGUUUGCCAAUAUCACGUUCAGGCUUCACCCUUUUCUCUCCUCUUUUUUUAAUCACUUCUCCCAACACCUUUUCCCUCCCAAUUUCUUCAUGCCUCACUCUCAUUUCAGUUCUUUUCGCUUUUUGAACGGACACUAUCUUAUUUUUUAAUGAAAAUUGAAGUUUUUGGUCUUUUUCUUUAAUGGUUUUGUUAGUUUUCAUUGUCUCAAUUCUCCAAGGAAGCGGGUUUUUUUAUAAAUUGAAUGGGCUUUUUUUGAAGGUAAAUUCGAGUUUUUAAAUGUUUUUUCAUGUUUUUUUAGAAUUUCACGACUGUUUUUUUCUGGGUUUUUUUCUGAACUUUGAACUGAUAUAAUGCAAUGAAUUUUUUUAAAAUUUUUUUAGAUUGAAAAAAACUGAAAAAAAGUUUUUAUUUAUGAAGCAGUUCCGACCAUUUUUUUCCAUAUUUGAUAAUUUGGGAUGUUUUUUUGAACCGUUUUUUUCGGAUAAUAUUUUUGAAUUAUUUAUUUUUUUAGAAUAGCUUUUUUUGGCUCAUUCUAUCGAGAAGUUGAACAUUUUGGCGUCUUGGGAAGUUUUGAAACCGAAAAUUUAAAGUUUUUAUUUUGAUUUCUACUGUUCAAAGGCUGUUAUAACUGUCCAAGUUUUUAAAAAAAUUAUUUUUUUGUAAAUUUUGAAAAAUUUUUUUCUUUCACAAAGUAGACUGAUUUAAGGCUCUGAAGUAUUGAUUAAUUUUUCUCAACUUUCUCAGAAUUUUUUUCCUAAAAAAAUCUAUUUAUUCUCCUCAGUUGUCGGAACAAAACUCGCCGACAAGGUUCGGCUCAAGCUUUUGCGGCUUUCAAAGUGAAAAAUGACAACAAAACCUGACUUCCCUGUGUAAUUUCUGCUCUGUGUCUCACUCGGAAAACAUUAAACUUUUGCUCGGGAAGUGAUUUUCGACCUGGGAAUGGUGAUAGAGAUAAGGGGAAGGUAGCAAAGAUGCAUAAAAUAGAAGGCUUUUUUUAAAAAUUGUUUCACUCUUCUUGGAACUUUGUACCACUUUUCCAACCUGUAAACCAAUAUGAAAAAUUGAAAACCAUUUUUUUUUAUUUCGAAAAAAGUUUUCUGACCUCCUGAGUUUAUGAUUGAGCGAUUAUGUCAAUCAAAAUAAUUAAUUUUGAACCUACGGAGGCUUUUCUCAGUAGAGCGUACUUUCAUUUAUGUUGAAACUAUUUUUGUUCUUUUCUCAAGGGGAUUCGGCAAUUUUUUUUUACUUUUCCUGGGAUUUACUUCGUGGGAGUGGCGUAAAAGAUAGAUUUUCCCGAUUUUUCUACGAGAAGCUCCUUUUUUUCGACCCAUAAAUAAUUAGAUAAAUGAGCUUUUUUGGAUUUUUUUUUUUGGCAUUUUUUUAUCUUUUUUUUUCUUGCCUAAGGAUUUUGUCUAAUGUCGAUUCCCAUAAGGGAGAGAUUGGAAAAAAAGUUUUAGAUCAUGUUUCUUUGAAAAUUUUGAAUCAUUCAUUGAAUAUUUUAGGUUUUCUUUGUGUUCUUGAAUCUUAAAUCCAAUCAAAUUUUCAAGAUCAUCCAUUGAAAAUCUGGUGUUUUUAUAUAUUUUUAUGGUCAUUUUGGAACUUAUUUUCCGAUUUUCAGUGAGUCAUCGGUGCCAUCGCUCCGCCGCGGGUUCCGGAAAGACGUCGUCGGCGGCGCCAGCGAGGACGAAUCCGCCGACGAACGAAGUUGGACCCCCAAUAUGCAGGUGUGUUUCACAUCGGAAAACUCAUUAUUCAUGAGCCACGAAUGUUCUGAUUUCUCUGCGACUCUUUCCUUUUUACGCGCUCUUUUGACCUCACCGGUGAGAGAAAAGAGGGUCCAGACAGGUCAGAUUGUUUCGAGUCGUGGCGAAUGAAUGAUAUGAAACAUUAGUUCAUGGAAAACUGUUAAAAGCAGGGUUUAUGAUCGAAAAUUGUGACUAUCUUGAGUUAAAUGCUAUUGUCAUGUUUCUAUGACCUCACCGGUGAGAGAAAAGAGGGUCCAGACAGGUCAGAUUGUUUCGAGUCGUGGCGAAUGAUAUGAAACAUUAGUUCAUGGAAAACUGUUAAAAGUCGGAUUUAUGAUUGGAAAUUAUGACUAUCUUGUGUUAAAAGCUUUUUUUUCACGUUUCUAUGACCUCACCGGUGAGAGAAAAGAGGGCCCAGACAGGUCAGACUGUUCCAAGGUAUCUUAGACCUCCGUAACGUGGAUUUUCGAGCGUCGGCUCUUUCUCUUUUAUUUGUGACCAAGCUACAUGGAAUCAGGCUGAACGUGUGUACAUAAGCUCGUUUUGACAAGUUUUUUCGGGCAAGUUUGCUCUGUGGAAAAAAACGGUGGUUCAAGAAGUUUUUCUUCAGAUGUAACUCUAUAAAACCAGACCUUUUAUAGUUUCCGUUUUCUUACGAGGACUUUCUAUCCGACUUUUUAAAGUUUUGAUAUAUACUUAUUUGAUUCAGUGGAAGGGUAAAUUUUGACAGACUUCAUAUUAAAGUUUGUCUUGUACAUGUGAUGUUCAUAAAUAGUGAUUUCCUAUCACUUGAUUCAGAAUAAAAACAUCAGAAACACCUGAAGAAUCUUUGUGAGAAGUAUAGUUGACCUCAAAGAGUUUCAAGUUGAAAUGAAGAAGAAAAUGAUAAGCCGAGCUAAAAGUCUGUCUGGAUCCAAUCGUAAAGAUUUCUUCGACGCGGGUUCGGCGCCUCAAGUCGAUAAGACAAGGUCCUAUCCUGAUAACAGUGAUAAACAGUAGAUUGGCGGGACAUAUCCGUUCUUAUACAUGACAGUGGGGACUGUGAAGCCGUGGUUUUCUAUCUUCGACAUCAAGCCCUUUGGUUGAGUCCUGGCGGCGAACGAACUUGUGACCCUUGGACCGUUUACAGACACGGAAGCUGUUACGCUACGGCGCGCCGUAUAAAAUCUACAUGAAAUAAGUAUUUUUUAAGCGGUACCUCAAAGAACAUAACCGAACGAUGGAAAUCUGUCUGAUCAAGACCAAUCCAAUCGUGAAGAGGAGUCUUCCACACAAACACUCGAAUGUAUCUGCAAAGUGGAACUUCGAAAAAAAUAACUGGAAAAGCUCUAACAAGGAUGUAAGACGGAUGUCAGCUCUGAGUAAGCUGUAUGGAUUUUUAUAUUCAUGAUCAAAGGUAUCAUCUCUCAAAGUCACCAUAACUUCCCUAACUUUGAUCACCAUCUAUAAUUAGGAAAAGGAAUUCGGUCAGCCGAGCUUUUCGUUCAAGCCAAUGGACGGGAAGAAAUUGGUCGUUUCAAGAUCAAUCCAAUCGUAAAGAAGAGUGAGAUAUAUAUUUCUUCGACACACAAACACUCAAAUGUAUCUGCAAGGUGGAACUUCGAAAAAAGCUGGAUAAGCUCUAACAAGACUGUGAGACUGAAGUCAGCUCUGAGUCGGCUGUAUGGAUUUUUGAACUCUUGAUCAAAGUCACCAGAACUUUCACCUACAUAAUAUAUCUGAACCGGCUGAAUACCUGGGAAAAGUGUUCGAUCAGCCGAGCUUUCCGUUCAAGCCAAAGGACGGGAAGAAAUUGGUCGUUUCAAGAUCAAUCCAAUCGUAAAGAAGAGUGAGAUAUAUAUUUCUUCGACACACAAACACUCAAAUGUAUCUGCAAGGUGGAACUUCGAAAAAAGCUGGAUAAGAAGAGCUGUAAGUCAAAAGGUCAAGUAGAGCUGGAAGUCUGUCGGAUCAAGACCAAUCCAAUCGUAAAGAUUUCUUCGACGCGGGUCCGGCGCCUCAAGUAGAUGAAACAAGGUUGUAUCCUUAUAUCAGUGAUAAACAGAAGACUGAUAUGACAUAUAUAACUUUCACCCUCAUCAUAUACCUUGAACUGGCUCAAUACUUGAGGAAAGGAGUUCGAUCAGCCUAGCUUUCCGUUCAAGCCAAAGGACGGGAAGAAAUUGGUCGUUUCAAGAUCAAUCCAAUCGUAAAGAGGAGUGAGAUAUAUAUUUCUUCGACACACAAACACUCAAAUGUAUCUGCAAAGCGGUGUGCGGAGCGGAGGGACGGACAUAUUUGUGAACGGCGGUCGGGUUAGGCCUGGCUGGCUGCUGGCGGGAGUCCGGUCCGCAGACCAGCCGCGCCGACGCUACCGCCGGUUACCCCGCCGCGGUUUUUUUCCUCCUCGCUCUGCAUCCAGCUCUUUCCGAUCUCUCUCUCGCCGAGGAGCACAACUCGGAAGAAGCAGCAGCAGGAGAAGAAGAACUGUAUUUCUUCGUCUGCGCUCUCUCCCUCCAGAGGAGGGCUGUACACAGACACAGACACACACAUGAGGAGGAGAUUCGACGUUUUGCACUCCGACUCCCCUCUUUUCCACUCUCUUCUACUGACAAAUCUUAACUUUUCCCCUUUAUUCCAUUCAUCUCAUUGAACUUGGAUCACACCAUCUUUUUUUUACAUAGUUUUGAGCCUUUGAAAGCUCUGGCUUGAUUUUUUUUUUUCGGUUGUAUCAUUUUUUUAUUGAUUUGAUAAGAUUGGGUUUUCCUAAAUCUUGAGCUUCUAACUAUUCGGAUUAUUUUACCAGUUCCAAAAUCUUGAUUUUCCUUUUUUUUUUUCCUUUCUUCGACUCUUUUUAUGGGAAAAAUUCAGCUUUUCACUUUUUUCAUUGCUUUUAGACUUAAGGGAUUAUUUUUCGAUUUAUUGAUUUUUUUUUGUGACUUUUUUUCAGAAUCGGCAAGCUUCCGCAAUUUUCUAAUUAACCUCAUUUUUGAGCCCCAUCAGAUUUUUUUUUGAAUGUCAAUUUUUCGAUUUAUUCGGAUCUGGCUCGAAAAAAUGAAGUCAAGAAAUUAUAAUUUUUUUAAAGAUCGAUCUGAAUUUUUUUGAUUUUUCGUGAUUUUUGAUUACUUUUGUUCAUCUACAGCUUCAGUUUUCAAUAUUUUAAACAUUCAUUACAUAGUACUUAACCUGAAUUUUCGUUCGUGAUCUUUUUGCCCCUUUUUUUUAAAUUCUUUUUUUUAUCCAUUUAUUUUUCAUAUAUCCUUCUUAACAAUCGUGCCCCUCACCUUGAAAUUAUUCAACUCGAAAGACAAUCAGAAAGAGGUGCGAUUGGGCGCUGUUCAUCCGCGGGCGUCGUUGCCCAUCCAACGCCACGACGACGACGACAGCGGUCUACGGUAGAAGCGGCGGCGGCGGUAGAAUGCCGGCCGAGCCGGUGACAUUCCGCGUCAACUCCCAGCCGGGCAAGAUCGACAUCGCCGAGACUAUCAAGAAGUUCAACAAGCAGGUCCUUGGCCUUGAAAAAAUGUUUCUUCAACUUUGUCGGGAUCAAACUCAAGUCUGAGGCUUUAAUUUUGACGGUCACUUCUUAGUUCAACGCCGAGAUUAUAAAGAAAUCGAAGGAGGUCCUUAUCCUUCGAGAGCCUUGUCCCCAACUCAAGCUUCAUCUCAGUUUUCUCAAAUGUUAAUCGAUUGACCUCGCCGAGACUAUCAAGAAGUUGUAGUUGUUCAAUAAGCGGGUCCUCAGUUGUCUGGCUUUAGUCGAGAUUAAACCCGUCCGAGGUUCUUUUUCUGAAUCUGAGUUCAACGCAAACACUAUCAAAAAGCUCAAAAAGCAGCUUCUCAUUUCUUCUGAAAUCUUGGUUCCAACUCAAAACUCAUUUCUUCUUUUAUAGCUUGACUUUAUUGAAAUUGAACUGUUUACGAAGAUUUUAGUCUUUUCUCUAAACUUUACUGCUGAUUAUACAGUUUUCUCAACGUUUAGGGAUCUGGUUUUUUGAGCUGCCCAAUCACGUCUUUAUUUCUCCGACAAUCUUGUAUCUCACUUAAGCUUCAUCUCUACCUCUAUAGCUUGACUUGAAUGAGAUCGAACUGGAGCUUGAUUUUGAACGUCUUCUUGUAGGAAAACUUGAUUUUUAAUGUCUUGACUUAACGUCGAGCUCAUCAAGAAGUUCGACAAGGCUUCUCCAAGAAUCUUGUUCCCAACUCAAGCUUUUUUUUCUUCUUCUAUAGCUUAAAAUCGAUCUGAAGUCUGUCUUUUUUUGAUUCUGAACGUCGUCUCCUCUUUUCUUCAAAGUUUUCAAAGCCGAGAUCAUCAAGGAGUUUGAAAACAUUCCUUCUGAAAUCUUGUUCCUACCUCAAGUUUCAUCUCUUCGUUUAUGGUUUGAACUCGAACUGAAGUUUGAUUUCGAACGUCAUUUCUUGCAGUUUCAAUCUUUUCAACGUCGAAACCAUCAAAAAGUUCAACAAGCAGGUCAAUUGCCGUCCUCCUUCUUCUCUCCGUUUUCAAGGGCCUCUUUUUUUAACUUCUUUUUUUUUGUUCUUGCUCACCUCGACCUCUGAGAUAUUCGUAGGAACUUUGCGUUGUGGAUUUUUGUAGAUUAGUUAGUCAUGACUCGACUUCGGGACUUUUCUAGUCUUUUUUUGGCGGUAUUUGGAUUGAACUGAACUUUCUUGAUUUUUUCUCGAUUUCUCGGAGUUGUCAAUCAGUUUUUUCCGAGUUUUAUGAGGUCUAGAAUUGAAAUUUUGACCUGGAAAGGCACUUUAAAGCUUCUUUUCAUUAUUGAAGCUGUUUUUUUUGUCCGAAUCUUAGUGAGGAUUUUUGUUGAACAAACAUGUUUUAGAGCUUCACUUUGGGGAUAAUACGAUUUUUUUUUCUGGUCCGCAAAGCUUUUUCCUGAUUUUCCGGCCGCUUUUCUAAUCUUCUGGCCAAGAUUUUCUGAUUUUCAGGCCUAGUUUUCCUAAUUUUCAGGCCUAGUUUUCAUGAUUUUUCGGCGGUUUUUAAACUUCCUGGUAAAGUUUUUACAAUUUUCCGCCCGUUUUUCUAAUUUUUAGGCCUAGUUUUCAUGGGGUUUCGGCCGUUUUUCUAAUCUUCUGGCCAAGUUUUCCUGAUUUUCGGCCGUUUUUUAAACUUUCUGGCCAAGUUUUUACGAUUAUUCGGCCAAUUUUUUAAUUUUCAGGCCUAGUUUUCAUGAUUUUUCGGAUUUUGAAAUUUAUUAAGAGUCAGAUUGCUUUUUUAAGUUUUAUUCGAAUAUUUGUGCCUUGCAGAGUUUGGAAAAUCAUUUUUCCUGAUUUUCUACAUUUUUUGAUCACUAGAAACUAUCAAUUGCUUAUUGAGCUGUUUCUUGACUCUCAAAAAAGAAAAGCUGUGAUGUUUGAGGACUUAUGGGAGCCGAGAGAUGUGUUCAGAAAUCUUUCUUUUACUACUAUACCUCCAAUGAGUAUUGCCACGCUCUUGAGAGACCGUUUCGUAACUGACUUUUGAGCACACUUUUGCCGUUUUUUCGAACGCUCUUUUUCGCCUCUUAACACACUUUUCAAGUAGGCGACCCCAAUGCCUCUGCUCCUUUGACGUCAAUUUUGGGGAUAAUUUUAGCAAAUCGCGUGGUUUCACGAGCUGGUUUCUUUUCAAGGAGUUUAAAAUCCCGUGAAUUCAUAUUAGCCGUCAGAGAAUGGAAAAGAUAACGGGAUUUUGGAGAGUCAGAGAUAAUUUUUCAUUUUGUGGAGAUUACUUUGAACAAGGUACUAUUGAAAAAAAGGCUAAUCAAACAGUUUCAUUGAGUGAUAAAGUUAUCAAGUUUUCCUGUUUAGAAGGAAAAAAAAUAUGUUAUGGAAUGUUUUUUUCAAAAAGCUUUUUCCGUGUUCAAAAAAAUGUACCACAAAUGUCAAAAUAGCCGUCAGAGAUUGAAAAAGAUAACGGGAUUCUGGAGAGUCAGAGAAAACUCUGAAUUAUUUUUGAAAAUGGCAUUAAGACAAAGAACUUGCGUCGAAGUUGUUCGGGAGUUAUUUUUAGAAAAUUCCUAAAAUCCCAAGUUUUUUAGAAAAUUUGCAAUUUUAUCUCCAUUUUGAGAUCAAAAAAAAGAGUUUUUGGGAUUUUCAGGAACUUUUUCUAGGAGAUAAAUUUCUAGCACUGUUUCUCUUUAGUUUUCUCCCAAUUUAUUCCAGAGGUUUAUUUUUUUUUCUGUAACUUUUUUGGAGCUUGGAGCUCAUUUUUCUAUUUUUCUCGAGGCUCAAGGGCAUCUAUAAGUGAGUUUGAAACGCUUCAUACUGAAAAAUUGUUUGACUGGUUUUUUUUAAACUCCUUUCUCGUUAAAAGUAUCUUUCUAUAGUUUGUGGUUUUCAGCUGCUUUUUGGUAUCUUUAAUCGAUUUUGAUAAGAAGAAACCUUCCAAAAACAUUUCUUCACUUUCGCUAACCUCCACAUCGGUUUUGAAGCUUUGAAAACGAACCGAUUGAAAUCGAAAAAGUUACUUUUUUGGAGAAAUCGGACGUAAAAAGAAUGACUCAACGAGUAAAAGUUCCGUAGCGGUGGAAAUUGAAGUUUAUAAUUUUUUUAAACGUUUUUUUCUGAUCAAUCAUAAAAAAAUGAUUUUUUUGAAGAGGUUUUCGUGAAAAAUAAGGUUAUGAGGAAGGUAUUGAGCGUAGUCACUUUUUUUAAUUUUUUUGAUUGACAAAUAGAAAUAAUUUUUUUGUAGAUUUUUUUGGCCUUAAAAUUUUUUUCAUGAUUUUUUUAACGUCUUUUUGAAGCUUUUUUUACGUGAAAACGACGUCAUUUCGAGGCCCUCGUUUCAGAAAAAUUUAACCAUCUGGGAAAAAAAUUUUUCAUGAUAUUUAUGACGUCAUUUUUUUGAUGCUUACUACGUGAUAAUGACGUCAUUUGGAGACACGCGAAAAAAAACUUUUUUUGAAAAAUUUUUGAAAGGAUGAAUGAAUUUAUCAAUGGUUUUUUUGUUGAUUAUUUUUCGAUAAAAUUUUUCAUGCCGUCAUUUUUUUGAGGCGUUCUACGUGAUAAUGACGUCAUUCGGAAGCAUUUCAGGCUCAUUUUGAAGCAAUUUUUUUCGAACCAAACACGCGAAAAAAACCCACUCUAAAUGUAAAAGAAAUAAUAUUUAAAUUUUCGAGGCCUAUGAAGCUAAUUUCGAAACAAUAUUUCUACCCUUGUGUGAAAAACUUUUUUUAUGAUUUUUUUAUGACGUCAUUUUUUUGACGUGACAAUGACGUCAUUUGGAGGCAAAAAAAGUAUUCAAAGUCCUAAAAAAAUGAUUGAGUUCAUUAACGGUUUUCGUUGAUUAUUUUGAUAAAAUUUUCAUGACGUCAUUUUUGAGGUCUUCUACGUGAAAAUGACGUCAUUAGGAGACACGUGCGGCUCAUUUUGAAACAAUUUUAAAGCCUAAAGCGCUACAAGACCCACUCUAAAUACAUAAAAAUGAUAUUUACCUCUGACGUAUCUUCAUGAAUCUUCUUCUGAAUUUUUAAACUGGAUUUCAAGAAUCUUACGAACAAAAAAUGUUUGGUGCCAAGUGCGAGUGCGGUGUUUUUCACCUUGCGUCGACACUGCGCGGCGGCGUAACCUCUUGACAAAUCCACACACACACACACAGACACCUGAGAGAGACUUACACAAAGAAAAUGACUGACUUGAAGGCAGCAAAAGAGACACUCGUCUCCGUUGCCAACAAGUCCGUUGAGCAGUUUGGAGGAAAUCCGUUAAAAAUUGGGUUUUUUCGGAUUUUUUGGUGGAAAAAGUCUUUAUUUUGUGUCCUUUUUGUAUAAAUGUGGUAAAAUGAACUGAAAGGGUUACGGUAGAACGUUACGAACAAACUGGUAAAAAUUUUAGUGGCCACUAUAGAGGUUCGCCAAGGACUACUUGGAGAGGACACUAAAGUGGCCACUUGAGUAGUUUUUCAUCCAGUAUUCCUUCCAGUAACUCUGAUAGUUCUAAAACAAACAGAUUGAACCAGUUAUUUUGAUCCAUUGACCCCUUAAGUGGCCACUAAAAUGUUUAGUAGUCUAGUAGCAGCUCUUAGAUCUCUAUAGUGGCCACUAAUUUUCAACCCUUUAAGUAGCCACUUAUUUGACUACUAUAGUGGCCACUAAAACGUCAAAACCCUAUAGAAAAAAAAAUCUUAAAUUUAAAGUGCGAAUACAAAAAAGUAGGUUUUUGCGGCAUUUUUGCUAUAUUUAAAGUUAUUUUGGCUUUAAUCCGGAAUAAUCGACUUAAUUGGUUACGGAAGAAAUUUUCGGGUAAAAAAAAAUAAAAUUCGAGAAAAGAAACUCUUGCCUCCGUUUCCAAAAAAUCCGUUAAAAAAUGGGGUUUUUCGGAGUUUUUGGUGGAACAGUCUUCAUUUCGAAUCAUUUUUGUAACUAUCCAGAUGAAUAGACUAGAAUGGGUAUGGUAGAACUUUCUGGGUGGGAAAAAUAAAGAAUCUGGAAAUUUUUGAAGGCUGAAUAGAAAACAAAAAUAGGUUUUUUCGGAGUUUUUGGUGAAAGAAGUCUUCAUUUUGAGUCAUUUUAGUAUUUAUUUGAUAAAAUGAACUGAAAUGGUUACGGUAGGACAUUCUGGACGAUAAAUGGAAGAAAACAAAACAGAAAAAAAUUCCAGAAAAGACACUAGUUUCCAUUGCUAACAGUUUCGUUGAGCAGUUCGAAGGAAAUAAAAAUAAAUGGGGUUAUUUUUACAUUUUUUAGGAAAAAGUCUUCAUUAUGAGUCAUUUUUUGUAUGUAUCUGGUGAAAUGGACUAAAAUGGUUACGGUAGAACUUUCUGGACGAAAAAAGGCAAAAAAUAGGUUUUUGGCCUUUUUGGUGAUACCUCGAUUACGGUCAUUCUUUUCGCUUAUUUGAUGAAAAUAGAACUUUUUUUUUUUGAAUACCUUCAGUUAGAACUAUCGAACUCUUUUUUUGAUUGUUUUUAUUUUUACUGAAAGUGAAACUGGAAUGUGAUCGAGUAUAAAGUAUCCUAAUAAUAAUUUAUUUUCUGCAGGCCUGCACUUCGACGUCCGGAAUGACGGCCAGCGUCCACCACCGGCCGCAUCUGAACGGCUCGACGGGCGCCUCGAUGAACUCCGUUCGGAAAUCGAUGCCGGUCGCCUAUUCCAACGGUUAUUCGAACGGCUACGGAUUCGCCGCCCCGGCCACCAGCUCCAAUGCUUUUUCCAAUGGAAGUGAGUUCUCAGUAAAUCCUCGUCGAAGGCAUUGUUGGAAUAAAAAAGGGGUUUGAGAUGAUUUUAUCAAGUAUCGAAUGGUAUACUUCGACUUGCACGGUAGCUUGUCAUUCCAGAAAAAUCCAGACCCAAAAAAAAAAUCAAUAUGAACUUGACACACGUUCUCCGAGAUUUUCGAAAAUACAAAAAUUUCAUUUUUGUCCCUGAGAGCUCUCCUAGAUAGUGAACAACCUCUUGAAUAUUUAGAACCAAGAUUCUUUUAGGCUCCGCCCACUUUCAGGCUUACUGUAGAAAAAAUACCGUAGAAACCAAAAUUUUUUCCUAGUGGAGCAAUUUGGUCCAAACCAACUUUAAAACAAAAUAUGCUCCCAUAUGAACAUUUAUAGUUAUAGAACUGACCCGGAAAAAAAUUUUGGCUCCGCCCGCUUUCAGGCUUAAUGUAGAUAAAAUACUGUAAUAAUUAAACCUUUUUUUCCUGGCCCAAACCAAUUUUUAAACCAAAAAUAUGGUCCUUCACUAGUAUUUACUAGUUUACUAGUAUUUAUUAGAACAUUACUAGAAUUGGAACUGACCCGGAAAAAAAUAGAUUUUUGAAAAAAAAUGACGAUUUCCGCGGUUUUUUUGAGUACUAGAACCCCCCAAAUUCCUGGAUUUUUUUAAUUUAUUUUAUCGCCUGCGAGAAAAAAAAAUUUUUUUCGAACUUCUUGCCUCUCAAACUCCAGAGUGGCCCCUAUAGGGGCAAGUUCAGGAGCCCUAGAAGGUUCCCCUUUAGGGACCGCUUUUACCAGUCCUCUAUAUUGGCCACUAUAGCUCUCAAAAGUGGCCCCUAUAGGGGAUAUACUAGUCGAUUAUUGCCAACAGAAAAUUGUUCAAGUUUCUCUUUUUUUAAUUUUUUUAAAUCAUGAAAAAAAUAGUUUAAAGAACCCUAUAGGGACCACUUGAGCUUUUUGGGUCUUAGGGGUCAGACUCUGAACCCCUAUAGGGACCACGUAAGUCUCACCCCUAAAAAGAGCACCAUUUUUUCCCCUCUCAGCCCCUCUAGGGACCAUUUGACUUUAUAUUAAUUUCAUAUGAUAAUUGUAUUUAUUGAUUUUUUAAAUUUUAUAAAGACUAGCUUUCGAAAAAUAACAACAAAAAAAGUUUGUAUAUAAAUCUCGGGCUUGAAACAGGAAAACAUGAUAAUUUUCUCCUUUUUUUAAGAAUAAAAGAAAUUUUUUUAAAACGGAUCGUUUUUUAUUCUUCCAAACACAAGAAAAACCGCCCUUUUCCGUUUUUUUUUGCCUGUUUUUUCAAAAAGCGUUGAAGCGAACUAAUUUUACAAACUCGUGAGAAAUUCGCUCGAAAUAAUCUUCCAAGGAAGGAAAUACGAGGCGUACAUUGCUCAGUGAUCUGUGAAAAUUGAGAAAAUGCGCGCUUUUUUGCUUCCCUUUCUCAACCCACGUUUUUUUUUCGGAAUUUUGGACUUGUUUUGAUUAAUUUUGAUGAUUCAUCACGAUUUUAUGGAUGGGAAGUUUUUGGGCUCGGGAAAAUUGGAUUUUUUAGAUUCAAAUCUAAAGGUCAUUCCCCUUUGAAUCAGUUCUUUGGAGCCAUAAAAAUCAUUAUUGAAAAAUGUUCACAGACGGAACGAUAUCGCGCGCGACAACGCGUUCGUCGCCUCGCAACUCGACGCACGUUACCGCGACUGUCGGCGGCUCGACGGGCAGUCCUAGAAAUUCGGUCGCCAGGUAAUUUUUACUGUUUUUCAGGAGCUAUUGAUUUAAAGAUUAAAAAAAACAGAGUGAAGACAAAAAAGGAAAAUUUUUAGUGGCCACUUUAGGGUUUUGAUGUUCUAGUGGCCACGUCAGUGGAUAAAGUUCAGUUAUCUCUUCAGAAAACUAAGUGAUACUAAAUUUAAACUUAGUGAAUACUUAAGAGAUCAUAAGGAAUACCGGAUGAAAAACUACUACAGUGGCCACUAAGACGCGAAAUAGUGGCCUCUAUAGGGAAUUUUUUCACCUUAGAGUCCUCUCCAAGCAGUCCUCGUAAAACCCCUUAAGUGGCCGAAAAAUCAACAAUAGUAGUCCCCAAGGAACCUCUUAAGUGGCCACUUGGAGAAAAAUCAACAAAAAAUGAUUUCUCGAUUUCAAAAAACUUUUUUAAAACUGCCAGUAAAACACUCACGACAGUUAGGUUCGCAUUUGGAAUGGCUCGACUCGUGACGGCUGCAAAACUGUUUAUUCCACUGCGCGACCGACCCGAAACGACUUGCGCUUUAGGGUAUCGAGAAACAAGUAAUUAACUACUUGAUAGAAACCGCGACGCUUCGAGCCAUUCCAAAUGCGACCAAGGAAAAUGAACGAAAAGGAAAAUACUAGCACAGGCGAUAUUUGAGAAUAUGCAGCUUGAAACUUUUUCCAGUUUUGAGUAAUUUUACAGAAAUCUCUAAUUUUUUCAAACAUGAGCAAUAGUGAGCCACAUUUGAGUUGCUUUUAAAAUUUUCACAUUUAGUCCCCGAUUUCUCACAAUUUUCUCGAGGGAACUCGUGAAAACUACAAAAAAAGGUCCAAAACUACAUUUUUCUUACUACAUUUGCGUGAACCUAAGUCAUUAGAAAUCGAGUAAUUUUUCAAAAAAAUAAAAUGUAUAGCUUUUUCACAUAACUUUUAGUAAUCUUUUAGCUGAAUAAUAGGCUUUUCCAGUUUUUUUGUUGAUUGAAUAAUGGGAACAUGAAAAAGCCUCAUUUGCCAUGAACACGUCAUCCCAUUCUCCGGCUGCAAAAUAACUGGGAGAGGAAGUUUCCUGGAAAAAAUUAAUCAUUUUUUUCCUUCUUCGUCAUUUUCUCGGCGAAAAACAAGGCUUUUAUUCGUCUUUUCCGUCCAAAUUUUGCAGUUCCGACGCUUUUUUGGUGAUUUAUACAGUGGGAACGAGAUUUUGGAGUUUAAGUUUGAUUUUUUUUAAGCUUGAGAGUUUUUUUUAAAGUAGUUAUAGAGAUGAUCUCUGUCAAUAUCUUAUUUCUUUGAUUCUAGGUUCUUUAAAAAUAAUGUGAGGCUUUUAUUCAAACGGCAAGUUUGCUCCAUCGAUAAUAUUCAGUGAUUUUGAUUAUAGGCUCUCCAAAAGUCUUGUAAGGCCUAAAUUUAAACAGCAAGUUUGCUUCAUUGAUAAUCUUUGGCAGUUUCGAUUAUAGGUUCUUCAAAAUUUUUGGUAGGCCUAUUUUAAACAGCAAGUUUGCUCCAUUGAUAAUCUUUGGUAGUUUUGAUUAUAGGUGCUCUAAAAAACUUUUAAGGAUCGAAUUUACUCGGCAAGUUUGCUCUAUUGAUAAUCUUUGGCAGUUUCGAUUAUAGGUUCUUCAAAAUUUUUGGUAGGCCUAUUUUAAACAGCAACUUUGCUCUAUCGAUAACCGGCAGUAUAAAUUAUUUAUUUGAUAAAUUUUCAUAAUUUGGUUAGGGUUUUCAGAGAAUGAAUCAGUUUUCAAAAUCCAAGAUGAAGUCAAAUAUGCUCUACUGAUAAUUGGCUAUUACUCGAGCCUCUGUGACGGAAACCGGGAAUUUUGAGCGAUUCUAGGGAUCACUUACCAGUACUGACGCCCCUGAAGUGAUCACUCGAAUCUCCCAGAAAGUCCGGAGCACGUCCGUUCCGCUCUGGACGUUUCUAGGGACCUCUUAAGAGUUCUGACGCUACUAAAGUGGUCACUAGAAAUGCUCCGACACGUCCGUUCCGCCAAUGUCCGAGUACUCGGGCCUUGGUAACUGAAAAUGUUUCUGAGCGAUUCUAGGGAUGACUUAAGAGUACCGACGCCCCUAAAGUGGUCACUAGAUAAGUUCAGGAACGUCCAGAGCACGUCCGUUCCGCUCUGGACGUUUCUAGGGACCUCUUAAGAGUUCUGACGCUACUAAAGUGGUCACUAGAAAUGCUCCGACACGUCCGUUCCGCCAAUGUCCGAGUACUCGGGCCUUGGUAACUGAAAAUGUUUCUGAGCGAUUCUAGGAAUGACUUAAGAGUACCGACGCCCCUAAAGUGGUCACUAGAUAAGUUCAGGAACGUCCAGAGCACGUCCGUUCCGCUCUGGAAGUUUCUAGGGACCCCUUAAGAGUUCUGACGCUACUAAAGUGGUCACUAGAAAUGAUCCGACACGUCCGUUCCGCCAAUGUCCGAGUACUCGGGCCUUGGUAACUGAAAAUGUUUCUGAGCGAUUCUAGGGAUGACUUAAGAGUACCGACGCCCCUAAAGUGGUCACUAGAUAAGUUCAGAAACGUCCGGUUUGCUCUACCGAAUUCCAAGUAAACGUAGAUAAAAAUGAUAAAAAUGCAAUCAGACCCCUUGUUCAAAAUGUCAUCCACCUCGAUAAGAAUGACAUUUGCUCAUCCUGAGAUUUUUAUCGAGAAAAUGACAUUUUUAAUGAAAAUCUCAAUUUCAGCUAUUCAUCACACGCAUCGGCUGGCGUUGGCGGAAGCCCUCCACGAGCCCGAAGAUCGCCCCAAAGUCAGAAGGUAUCGAUUUAUCGAUUUUUUGAGUGAUUGGUAUUAGAAAAAAACUUGAAAAGAUGGGUGAUUGCUCAAAAUCGCACUGAGAGUUUUUUUGAAUUUUUUUAUGAGAGUUUUUUUCUAGAGAUUUUUUUGAAUUAUUCUAAAUUAAGCUUCAAUGUACUAGUACCCAGAGCUGUUCUCGGGGCGACCGCGGUCGACCGAGGGCCCCCCGACUUGCGGCGUAUUCGAGGGCGGCCGCGGUCGGCCUUUGGUAAGGGCCAACUCGGUCGACCCGUAGAUACAAAUUUUGUUUUGACUCCCGGUUUUUUGUGAAUUAUGGAAAGCGCAAGUUUUACUGAAAUGAAAGUGAAACAAAAAAACAUUUAUUAUCGAGCACAUAAAGAGAAAAACCGAUGAAAUGAGAUAUUAAUCCAAAAAUUCAAUAGUUUCCUAAGUGGCCAGAACAAUUUACAGAACUAGAGAAAACAAAUUAAUAAAUAAAAAAAUAUUUUGAAAUUUUCACAUCAUCAGGAAUUUCAUUUUUUUGCAAAAAAAUUCAUUCAAACCACUAUUUGAAAUAUUAUUUUAUUUAUUUACAAAGAGAAAAAAACGAAAAAAAGAUGCGAAAAAAAGUGAAAUCAAAAAGCACGAUUUCUGUCAAAAAAACAAUAAAAAUUAAAAAUUUUCAUGGAUCAUAAAUAACUUAAAAAGUUCAUUUUUCAAUAUAAAAAAAACUAAAAUAAAAAAACAAAAAAAUACGGAAAAAAAUCCUCGCGCUCGCUUCGGGGGCCUGAAUGAAAACCGCUUCGCGGGCCGGGGCGCUCAGGGGCGCGUUGCGGUCGGGUCGGGGCGGCCUCGGCCGGGGUCGCCCCGACUUGAGAACAGCUCUGCUAGUACCUGUAUGAAAAUAGGAGGGAAAAUUGAAAUUUCAGGUUUUUUGUUUUUUGAUUUUUCAAGAUAUUCGUAGCUUUUUAUCAAAGGAAGAGGCGGUAAAAUCGAUAAAAUGAUUCCAAAGUGGUCUUAAAAUUGUAAGAAAUUAAGAAAAACUUCAGAAAACUGCUUUUUUUGGAAGAUCAGUAACUUCUUAUCAGUAUGAAUCUUGAAGAAAAAAACUUGAGAAAAGUCAAAAAAUCGCAUUGAGAUUGUUUCUGACGUUCUCAAAGUGGUAAUAAGUCGUCGUCCGUAAUUUCUUCUUUUUUUUUUAGAAUUAUGUAUGAAUUCUCAAUAAGGCUCUAGUAAACUUAGAAACAGUAGAUGGAUGAAAUUUAGGAAUAGAAAAUUUGAAAAAGGUCUGAAAGUCGAAUUUGCACUAUAGGGAAGAAAUAAGAUGACAAACUGGGAAAAUUUUUAGUGGCCACUAUAGGGUUUUGACGUUUUAGCGGCUACUAUAGUAGUCAAAUUAGUGGCCACUUAAGGGUUUAAAACUUAGUGGCCGCCAUAGAGGUCUAAGUGCUACUACUAGACCACUAAAAAUUUUAGUGGUCACUUUAGGGGUCAAUGGAUCAACAUAACUGGUUCAAUAUGUUUGUUUUAAAAUUAUCCUAGUGGAAGGAAUACUGGACGAAAAUUACUGAAGUGGUCACUAAAUAGAGAACUUCUAUAGCGGCCCCUAAAACGGAAAAUAGUGGCCACUAUAGAGGUGGGAGUGGCUACUUUAGUGUCCUCUCCAAGUAGUCCUUAACGAGCCUCUAUAGUUAGGGACCGCAGACGAAUUUUCAAAAAAACUUUUUCAGCAUUGAGCUUUGUAUGGUUCGAUAGCUGUUUCGAUUCAAAACUCAGAACCGUUUAGUUUUUCAAAAAAGAUUGAGGAUGAAAAAAGUUAUGACGGAAAAGGUGGCGCGCCGCGCACCAUGUUUUUAGUACUGAAAAUUUGGUAUUUCCAUUUUUGACAUUUUUCUCGAUUUUUCUUCUAGAACAAGUUUUGAUACUGGUCUAUUAUGAUGUAACAAAUCAUAAUAGAGUGCUGAAAUGAUGCUAAUCAGCUAGUUUGCCGAAAAAAAGUCGGUAUUUUUCCAGAAAACAAAAAACUGGCGCUUGCGGGCAUCGAACUCGCGACCUCAAAAUGUAAAAUCGGAGCGCACGCGUUGCGCCAAGCUGUUAGGUCCAACGCGGGGAGCUUCCAUCCGCCAUACCCUUGAGCCGUUUGAGAUAGCACAGAUUGCCUAUUUCAAAAAAAUAAAAAAACUUGAAGUAAUUUAGCUAUUUUUUUAUCAGAAUAUGUUCGCAAAUCUUUACUCAAACGUUUCGUGGAAAUUCACUUCGAAAAAAAUUGUUUUUUUAGUGCUUUUUGCCUCGUUUAACGAUCGCUGCAUUAAAACGGCCCCGUAAAUUUUUUUGGCAAAAGACGAAUUUUUUUAUUUUUAUUCUUUUUAAUUGAAAGAUUUUUUUACUAAUAAAUGUAUAUAAUCAUUUUGAAAAAAACCUGCGUUCGACCGCUUUCUGUGUGAUAAACGCCGCUAAUUUUUUUCUCUAGUUUCAAGAGCAUUUUUUUGCGUAUUAAACAACUUUUUUUCAAGCACAGGUGCUGUGGAGAAAAAAAUUUAAGUAAGACCAUGGUCUAAAUUUUUGAAAAAAACAAAAAAACUCGAUUAUAUUCGCUUAUUAACGAUAUUUUGAAUUAUGACUUUCGGCGCUCCCUAAAAUUUUUGGCAAAGACGAAUUUUUUAUUUUAUUGUUUUAAAAUUACCGUUACUUGAAUCAAAAUCAUUAUUUAAAAAAAGAAAGAGUGCGUUCGACCUAAAAACACAUGAAAAAGCAAAAAACGACAAAAUUUUUUAGUUCCAUUCACGUUUUUGUACGACAUUCCGCGAGAACGCAUCAAAAAAGCGUGAAAUAUUUUUUAAACGAAAGAGGAAGCUUUUCUGUACAUGUGUGUCAAAUUUUAUUCGCCAGUUCCACAUAUUUUACAACUACAACAAAAUGAAAGUUGAAAACCAAAAAAAGUCACUUUUUUUCUAUCGCGAAAAAGGGGCGUGGCUUUGCGGUCCCUAUCUAUAGUGGCCACUAAAAAUUUUCCCAGGAAUACCCAUAAAAACUUCUGAAAGAAAUAGUAAGGAACUAACGAAAAAACUGCUAUUUUUUGGAGAUCAGUAAGUUUUUAUCAGCAUGAAUCUCAGGAGAAACUUGUGAAAGGUCAAAAAAUAGCCCUUAAAGUUGUAACUUGCUUUUUUUUUCAUUCUUCAGAAGUUCUCAGCAAGAUUCUAGUUAACCGUUUUGUGGGCUUAAAUAAACCUUCAAAAGCCCUGAAAGUCAAAAUUGUACUAUUCUGAGGGUGAAAACUAUUCGUAAACCCAUAAACAUUUUCAUCAGAACAUAAAAAUUUGCAUCAUCGAACAAAGAACUAGGAAGAGAAUAUGUAUCUUUAUCGGCCAAUUAUCAGUGAGAAACGGAAGAAAUUUCCUUCCUGUACCGGGUGUUUUGAUGACGAUUUUAAAACGGAAGGCGUCAAUCUUACGGUACUUUUUCUGGUUGGGGUCUCCUAGCUUUUUUUUGAAUGAAAUCGGUUCAAAUUUCGGAUUUUUUCGCAUCAAAUGAAACCAAAAAUUAAUGGUCGGUGUACCUACAACGUGCCUUUCUCCACUCUACAAUUUGACAAAUUAUUUUCCAAGAACAAAUUGCCGAUUCCACAUAUAUUUUCUCGCAUUCACGUGAUUUCUUUCGGCCACACAGAGAUUAUAUUUAUGAGCGUAUGUGUGCGGUUAUAAUGUUUCUUGAGUUCCGUGAAUUGCUCACACACGAAAAAAGUGGGCGGAGCCUAGUUGGAAAGCUUUUCCCUCCCCGUGCAAAGUUCCCCCUUGGAAUUAUCCACUUUAUUCCUCGUUUUUGGUCGGCUACGAUUGGACUAGUCAGCUUUUUUUUUUCGUAUUUUUGGAUGAUUUUUGGAUAUUUUAAUGUUCUGUGACUCAUUGGGAAGGUUCAGAAUUGAGGCAGAUUUUUCAAAUUUUUCGGAUUUUUGGAUUUUUUGAUGUUUUUUGAAGCUGUGGGAAGGUCUCAUAUUGAUCUGAAAUCAGUGUUUUUUUCCCGAAAUCGUAGAAUUUUAUCAAUAUUCAAAAAAAGUUUGAAUGAUUUUUGAAUAUUUUAUUGAUCUAUGACUCAUUGGGAAGGUUCCAAAUUAAGUCAGCUUUUCCGGAUUUUUGGAUUUUUUUGAUGUUUUUUGAAGCUAUAAGAGGUUCUAGUUAAAGUCUGAAGAUUAGAAAAUUUUGAGCUUUUGGGAAGCUUUUCCCUCCUUUUUUGGGAAUUAUCCACUUUAUUCCCCCGUUUUUGGUCGGCUACGAUUGGACUAGUCAGCUUUUUUGGAUUUUCAGUACUGAUUUUUGGAUAUUUUAGUCUUUUUGAACCAUUAGGAUGGUCUUAAAAAGCAUUAAAGUUUCCGAAAUUUUUCUUUGAAUAAGGAUCUUCUCAGUUUUCUCUCCUUUAAAAUAUCCUUUCCAGUUGUUUUCGAGCAAUUUCUGAGCUUUGAUGAGCGAAAAAUAGAAAUUUUGGUUCUUGGAAUGGAGUUUCUCUCCGGGAUCCUUCGGGAUUCAUAGUGAGUCAUAGUUCUUUCCAAGUACGGAUACUUGGAAAAUGGACGUUUCAUAUAUAAACUGAUGAUUAAUUUUCGGAAAUGCGGGUCAGAGUUUUUCGAAAAAGCAGGCUUUUCUGAAUGUACUUUUGAUGAAUAAUGAGAAUUUUCAAACUACAGAAUCCAUUUUUCAAAAUUUUGGUGGUUAGUCAAUGAUAAAUAAAGUUAUCAUUUUUUCCAGGGACUCGAAAGUGGUCCCUUCAGGGCCCUUGAACGUACCUCUUUAAGGAGCACUUUAUCUUCCCUAUAGGAGCCACUGAAGCUUGCAAAAGAGGGGUUUCAAUAAGUGGCCCCUUUAGGGGAGCAUGAUAGUCCUUUUUGGUUAUCACCUGCACUUCGGAUCGCCAGAGUGGCCCCUAUAGGGGCAGCCCUAACGUUUCUUGAAGCUUCCCCUCUAGGGAACACUUCAUCCCCUACUGUAAGCAACGUUAAAGCUUUCAUAAGUGGCCUCUUGAGGAGUUUUAAUGAGUGGCCACUGAAGGGUAGUUGUAUGAGUCUUAUGAGACGAAGCAUUCCCAUGCGAAAAAAAAAAUCAAUAAUUAGCGUUUUUGAAGAAAAAUGUUUUCUGAUUGAUUAAGUUUCAUUAUAAAAUAAUAAGAAAAAACACUCCAGGGGCCACUCAAGCUUUAGGGACUUGGAGGUCAAACCAUAAACCCCUAUAGGGAUCACCUAAGUUUUUCCUCUAUAGGGAGCACUUUUCGGCCCUUUUACAAGGAGUGUUUUCCCACGGACCCCUCUAGGGACCACUCGGGGUUAGGGCUUAGAGUUCAGACUUUGAACCCCUAUAGGGACCACCUGAAUUUUACCCCUAUAGGGAGCACUUUACGGCCAUUUACAGGGACUGUUUUGCCCCUAACCCCUGGAGGGACCACUCUGGGUUUAGGGACUUGGGGGUCAGACUCUGAAUCAUUCUAGGGACCACCUAAGUUUUACCUCUAUAGGGAGCACUUUUCGGUCCCUUUCACAGGGAGUGUUUUCUCCCUAACCCCUAUAGGAACCAUUCAAGCUUUAGGGACUUUUCCCCUAACCCCUGGAGGGACCACUCUGCCGUUCCUAAGGGAGCUUCUUAUCUUCAGCUCAUGUUAUUUUUUGAUGUUUAAUGAUCCGAUAACUGAAAUUAUUUUCAAAAUUCAGCAUAAGAUGAAUUAUAUUUAUGCUAACCAGUGAUCAAAGUACAGAUUAAUGGGAAUUUGGUCCUCAUGUGAUGGAUUUGAUACCUUGCAGGAUUUUUUAUGUUCUUAUUUUUUUUUUCCUAUUUUUUUUAUCAGCAGAGGAUACAUUAUAAAAAAGUUUGAAUACACAAAAAAGAAAAUAUGCAAAUUAUUUGCAGUCAAACUCGCCGGUCGGUGAGGAUGCUCUGGUGUGCGUGAAGAUGCGGCCCGACCUGCACGGACGGUUCGGCUUCAACGUCAAGGGCGGCGCCGACCAGAACUACCCGGUGAUCGUCUCGAGAGUCGCUCCUGGAAGCUCGGCCGACAAGUGUCAGCCCCGUCUCAACGAAGGCGAUCAGGUCAGAAGAGAUGCUCUGAAAGUUCUGUGUCGAUUGGAAAUUCUGAAGGAGACGUCGUUUGAAAUUUCUGAAAGAAGGAGUUGAUCAACGCUUCUGAAAGAGAUGUAGAUUAAGAUUUCGGAAAGAAGAAGUUGAUCAAAGCUUCUGGAAGAAGGAUUUGAUCAAAGUUUCUGAAAGAAGAAAUUGAUAAAAGCUUGUGAAAGAAAUUUAGAUUAAGAUUUCUGAAAGAAGGAGUUGAUCAAAGCUUCUGAAAGAGACGUCGAUUAAGAUUUCUGAAACAAGAAGUUGAUCAAAGCUUCUGAAAGAAGACGUCGAUUGAGUUUUCUGAAACAAGGAGUUGAUCAAAGCUUCUGAAAGAGAAGUAGAUUGAAAUUUCUUAAAGAAGACGUCGAACAAUUCGACUUCCAGGUGCUGUUCAUCAACGGCCGUGACGUCUCGACGAUGUCCCACGACCAGGUCGUCACCUUCAUCCGAUCGGCCAGACAGACUCCGUCCGGUGGAGAGCUCGUCCUCACCAUCAAGCCCAAUGGUACGGUUUUAAUUAGUAAUCCGUGCGCCCCCCUCUUAUUCACGCACACAUUUAUGUGAUACAGAAAAGGGGUAAGGUGCGGCACGCUUGACGAGGGGGAAAUGAUGGAAAAAGUAUCUCUCAGAUCCACGAAAACCCUGAGAGUUUUUGGUUCAAGUUCAAGCAGAGUUAGGAAGUUUCAGUAGUUUGUGACCCCCCUCACAGGUGUUUCUCGGGCUCUGGGCGCCCCCCACGCUUCCCUUUUUCGUGAUACAGGAAAAUAAUUGGGGUUGGGGGUGCGCCACGCUUGACGAGGGGGAAAUGGUGGAAAAAGUAUCUCAGUUCCACGGAAAUCCUGAGAGUUUUUGGUUCAAGUUCAAGAGUUAGAAGUCUGUGACCCCCCCACUCUCAUUCACGCUCACAUUUUUUUGUGAUGCAGUAAAAAAAGACGGGGGUGGGGAGCGCCAGUGAGAAGGGGGGGUGCGCCAGCGGGUAGGGGGUGCGCCAGUAGAAGGGGGCACCAGACAUUUUUUUGGCGAGUCUUUAAAUACGCCUUUAAAGCUCUGUCAGAUUUGAUUUUUUUGAUUAUUUGAUUUUUUUGAUUAUUUUUUUAUAAGAUUUUUUUGAUAUUUUUUUGUAAAACUUUCAAGGGCUGCAGAGGGUCUCAAAAGUUCGAUUGAAGUUCUAGAAGUUCAUAAAAAAAGCGUUGGAACAGAUCCUCCAAUCACAGUCAUAAAUAAUUUUUCUAAUUAAUUAAUUUUUUUAGAAUAGAAUAGGAAGUUUCAUGAGCAAUUUACAAUCAGAAAUGAUUUACAGUCUACCGACUUGGAGAGGAGGUCGACGAACCGGACGCAGCCUGUGUUCCUGAGCCUGCCAGGGUCGCCGACUCCGUUCCGAGGUCCGACAAGCUGUCCCAGUCGCUUCGGUUACUCUCCGACACGUUGGCCACCGGCAAGAUUGUCGCUCAGUUUGAGGUAUACCUUUUUGGAAAAAAGCCCUAUUUUUGGGGUUUUUUAAAACUUAAGGUUCAAGAAAAUUGACCUGGUUAUGCUUCUCAUUGUAUUUCAACGAUUUUCAAUAUUUAUUCAAAUGUUUUCUUUUUCCUCAAAAUUCCCAAGUUUUGCUCAAAGUUUUUCACUUCUAGAGCACUUGAUCAAAGAAAAAAAAAUUUCGAAUCCUCGUCAAAAGUGAAUUUUACAGCAAAGUUGUCUCUACGGACAAAAUGGGUCGCCAUUUUUUUCUUUUGGUUUUUAAAUUUUUUUCUCAUAGAAGUUACCGAAUAAAAUGUAUUUUUUUGAAAUUUUUUUCCCACCAAUUUUUUUUUCGGUUAGGUUUUGUCUACGAAAAACUGUAUCAAAAUUGCGUUUUUUAGAAAAAUUCCGCGUAAUUUUAAGUGAGCUUUUUGAAAUUUUUUGGAAUUCAAAAAAAGAAUCUUAUUAUUUAAAUUUUCAUGUUUUUUUCUAGACUUUUUAAAGCUAUUUUUCGAACAGACUAUGUUGAAACUCGAUUUUUUUCCAGCAAUUGUACCGAAAAAAAGCCCGGGCUGGCGAUGAACGACUGCCGGUUGUCGUCGAAUAUUAACAAAAAAACAGGUAUAAUUUUGGACUUUCCUGUUUUUUUCAUGCUUUCAUAAAGUGAGAAUGAAGACCUAGAAGUUUUUUUAUUUAGGUGAUAGGUUUCAAAGUAAAUUUUUUUAAUAUUCGAGUAGCUACGUUACAAAAAAACUUCCGAGGCUCCUAAAUUAAAAAAAUUGAAUUUUUUUGCAAUUUUAGCGGUUUUUAGAAAAAAAUGUUUGAGAUUCGAACGAUAAAAAAAUCAAAUUUUUUUCGAAUUUUUGUUUUUUUCAUUUUAUGUAUAUAACAAGUGUGUCACGAGAGUUUUUCCAGAAAUCCACAAGAUUUAUAACUAUUUUUGAGGUGUUUUUUUGCAGGUUUUUUUAUAAAAUUAUAGGAAAUUUCUGAUUUUUUUAAAAACCUUUUUUUGGAGAGUUUCAUGAAGAAAAAAAGGGGUUUUUUUUCGAGCGCUAUACUUUAUUUUUACGUGCUUGAAUGUUGCACCAGUUCAUUCCAGAAAUCGACUGGAUAAACAAAUUUUUUGAGGGUUUUAGAGUCAGCUUUCAAGUUUCAAAACGCAUUCAGGAUUUUUUUUGAGCUUCAUAAAGUAUAAAUACUGUACAUUGCCGUGUUCAGAGCUAUUUUAGUAAUAAAUCAUCUCUGACUCUUCAAAAUCCUGUUAUCUUUUUCUUUCUCUGACCGCUAUUUUAAAUUUCGCGCACUCAUUUUGAACACGAUAUACUGUCUGUUCAAAUUUUGUAUGUCAUGAAUGAUGACGUCAUUCGAAAAUGAUCAGUGGAUGGCUUGCUCUCUGAUUGGCAUAUCGGGUCAUUAGGGGCGGAGCUUGAGCGACAAAUUGAUAUUAAAAAUCUGAACAAACUAUACGUCUCAUCCACGGGACAAACACCUAUUUCAAGCUGUUUUUUGCAGGUACCGAGAUGUCUGUCCUUAUGACGCAACACGAGUUUUUCUUAAUUCGUCGCCCAGCGGCGACUACAUCAACGCCAAUUACGUCAAUGUGAGUUUUCUCGCAAGGAUUUGCAGCCAAUAAUAACCGCCCUUUUAUGGAAUUAUAAUUGUGAUGCAAGGGCAGAUUAGGGCGGUGUUCGAGGAAAAGCUCGAAUUAAUACUUGGUCUUUCUCAGAGAACGCAUAAGCUGGUUAUUGAACUUGAUGACCCAGAUGGAAUUUCAAGCUUACAGUUAGACGCAUUUUUCCUUUCCAGAUGGAAAUCCCAUCGUCGGGCAUCGUCAACCGCUACAUCGCCUGCCAAGGCCCUCUAGCCCACACUUCGGGCGAUUUCUGGCUGAUGGUCUGGGAGCAGGUCUGCGCGACCAUCGUCAUGCUCACGACGACGACCGAACGCGGCCGAGUCAAGUGUCAUCAGUACUGGCCGCGGCUCUACGAAAGCCAAGAAUACGGCCGUCUCGUCGUCCGGUGCAUCAAGGAGCGCCAGACACCCAACUGCUGGUACCGCGAGUUCUCCGUCCGCGAUCGAUCGGUGAGAGAUCAAUUUUUCACAUUUUCAGGGAAGAUAGAACAAGUUUUUCUUGGAUAGUCGAGUUUUGAGUUGAAAAAAGGUCUGAAACGCAUGCAUUCAGUCUUCAGAGAAGAUUCUCCACUGGGUCAUGAGAGAUGAUUAUCGGUUCUUGAAACUGUCGUUGAUCAAGAACGGCGCGUAGAUCAUCACGUCUUUUUUUGAGAAAGUAGUAGACAAUUUUCAAGCGUUCCGACAAUCACUGCUUCUCCAUGUAGGAACAGUAAGGCGCCCAGCUUGUCUAGGGCUUUCGGGCGCCUAAGAUAUGAUGAGCAAAAGAAAAAUGGUCUUUUUUCAAUCUAAUACUUUUCAGACGAGCGAAGAGCGACGAGUAACGCAAAUGCAAUACAUUGCCUGGCCCGAUCAUGGCGUUCCCGACGAUCCGAAACAUUUCAUCUCCUUCGUCGAUGAGGUUUGGCAUUUCUCGAGUUCCGAUCAUCUUCCUACACCUUCGUACCGUUUGAGCGGCCUCAAGUAGAUGACAAGGUCAUGUCCUGAUAUCAGUGAUAAUCAGUAGACUGUAUUAACCUCUCCGUCCUUGUGAUUGCUGGGACAACACUUCUUAAAUCCCUUAGUUAUGUCGCGGUGGGGGUCGGACCUGGGACUCUUUGCACCGUAGACAAGCACAAAACCUGUUGCGCUACAAAAAUCGAAUUCUUCUUCUUCUUGAGCGGCCUCAAGUAGAUGACAAGGUUCUGACAUCACCUUGGCUCCUUUGUGGGUCCGGGGAUCGAACUUGUGACCCUUCGGACCCUAGACAAGCGCACUACCUGCCUCUUGUCGAUUACAUUUAGGCCUAAAAAAAUCUGAAGGGUCGACUGAUCGCCUCAAAAUAACUGAACGAAAAACGUGAAUUCAGAACGAAAAACAUGAAUUCAGAAAGAAAAAAGAGAAUUCAGGUGCGAAAAGCCCGGACGGGCGUCGACCCGAUCGUGGUGCACUGCUCGGCGGGCAUCGGCCGCACCGGCGUCCUGAUCCUGAUGGAGACGGCGUCGUGCCUCGUCGAGUCCAACGAGCCCGUCUACCCACUCGACAUCGUCCGAAACAUGCGCGAUCAGCGCGCCAUGCUCAUUCAAACUGCGGUUGGUUUUAAUCAAUCAAUAUUCUGUCUGGAAGGGACUAAACCGCUUGCAGUAGUCCGGUUUGUAAAAUGCGAUUUUCGAUCUGAUUCCAACAUCACUUAUUAAUUAGCAGAAUAACCAAUUUUUGGGCCUUUUGAAUUUUCUGAACCAUUUUUUAUUGAUUUUCUGAUGCUGAGCGUUGCGAAUACUGCACCUUUAAAAAAUGGAAAAAAUCGGUGUGAUUUUCAUAAAAUAUGCUUAUCAAACUUGUGUGCAUUUUUAAUUUGUAAUUUCGGUAUAGGAAAAAUUGGCAAGAUUCUGGCGGCAAGGGGAAUCGAACCUUCAUCAGGCGCGCCGUAGACUGUCACGCUAGCCACUACACCAAGCUUGUAGGAGCCUUGCGAUGGUUGUUGGCGCGCCCAUAUUCCUUGAAAACGUGACCAAGUGAUAAAAGAUGAAAAAAUUGAAAAGUCAUAUCUUCGAAACUGGUAUUUGGCGCAGAUGGCGACCUUGCGGGGUCGAUUCCCAGUCCUUGGAAUUUUUUUUGAGCAAUUUUAGCGGAAAUUUUGAUCAAAAAACCUCCAUUUUUCUUUCCGUUCUUCUUAGGACACUUGAAAUUUUAAUUGACGGGAGUUUUGGGAUCUUCUGGGAAUUACUGGGGUUUUAAAGUGUUUUUCUGAGGUCUUCGAAUUUUAAAGGUUAAUUUUUACCUGGACACUUGAGAUUUUUUUUGAUAAGAUCGAAAUUUUUCCAGGGUCAAUACACGUUCGUGUGCCAGUCGAUACUUCAAGCCUACGAAGACGAAAUAAUCAAGCCGCUUGCCGAAUAUCAAAAACGCGGCUAA